AUGGCAGCCGUGUUGACGCCCAUGAUGGCAGCCGUGUUGACGUGCCUGACAAGCACGAACACGGCGUCUAGUGUAUGUCUAUGGUCUGGAGCGCUGCUGUUUCUGUUCACCCUGUCGGCAUCUGCCUUUGUGGAGGAACUCGAUGACUCCUUCAUGGAAAAUAAAGGACCAGAUGAGAUCUGGCUAAUUAAGUUUUACGCUCCCUGGUGUACUUUCUGUAAACAACUGGAUCCUGUUUGGCAUCAGAUUGGAUCAGAGCUUCGGAGUCAUGGAUCUCUGGUUCAAGUUGGCAAAUCCGAUGCUACAGUCAGUACUGGUUUGGCCAAAGAGUUCCGGGUAAAAAACUAUCCUGCAAUUUUCAUGUUUAAGAAGAACGUGAAAUAUACAUAUUUAGGUCCACGAACCAAAGAUGCAAUCAUGGAGUUUGCUGACCGAGUCGGAGGGUGA